CCUCACAACAUUCGAGGGCCUCGAGCGGAGCGGUCAACUUAGCGGCGUUUCGUUGUUAAAAUUUAAAACCUCGGUUCGACCCGCUCGGGUUUUGUUCUAAUUGCAUUGCUAAUUGUGCACAGCUUGCGCCCUCGUGUCGUCGGCCGGAGUCUGCGCGGACAGCCUCCGUCCGGUGAAUGCCACAGCUCCCGGUGGUGCCCGGUGUGUGCCGAGCUCACCCGGGCCACGUGACAGGGAUUUGAGGUGGGGCGGUGGGGGGCGGUGGGAGGGUGGGGGGGCGGGUGGGGGUGGUGGUGGGGGCCCCGCGCUCACCAUGGGGAAACACGCGGACGAACGCCGGGUGGAUCUGGUGCCCGGUGACACCAAAACCGCCGUCCGCUCCACUCAGCCGCCCAACCAGGUGCAGCACAAGCCUGUGUUGAACUCCCUGGUGGGGGGCGCGAUGGCAGGGGCCGUAGCGAAAACGUCCAUCGCUCCGCUGGACAGAACCAAAAUCAUGUUCCAAGUGUCGUCCAAUCGCUUCUCUGCCAAGGAAGCGUACCGCCUCAUCUACGCCACGUACAAGGCCGAGGGCUUGCUGAGCCUGUGGCGCGGAAACUCGGCCACGAUGGCGCGCGUCGUGCCCUACGCCGCCAUCCAGUUCUGCGCCCACGAGCAGUACAAGCGCCUGCUCAGCCGCUACUACUACCCUACGGGCAGGCCUCUGCCCCCAUUACCGCGCUUCCUCGCUGGCGCAUUUGCCGGUGUGACGGCGGUGAUGCUCACGUACCCGCUGGACAUGAUGCGCGCGUGCAUGGCCGUCACGCAUAAGGAGAUGUACAGCAGCGUGGUGCACAUGUUCGUUCGAAUCCGGCGAGAGGAAGGGGUGGCGACGCUGUUCCGCGGGUUCAGCCCCACGAUCCUGGGCAUCAUCCCUUACGCGGGCCUUAGCUUCUUCACCUACGAGACGUGCAAGAACCUGCACAGAGACUACUCUGGCCGCCGGGAGCCCAGCCCGAUGGAGCGUCUCCUGUUUGGCGGCUGCGCGGGCCUCCUGAGCCAGACGGCGUCCUACCCGCUGGACGUGGUGCGGCGUCGCAUGCAGACGUCGGUGGUGACGGGAGGAGCGCGCAUGGCACUGGUCCACGGGGGGAGUGGCCACGGCCACCCCGCCGCCACCGCUCACCCCAUGCUGCUGAUGGGCGAACCUCGCGGGGCCGGAGGGGCCUACACCUCGGUGCUGUCGACGGCGCGGCUGAUCGUGCGCGAGGAGGGAUUCCGGCGCGGCCUCUACAAGGGCCUGAGCAUGAACUGGGUGAAGGGCCCCAUCUGCACGGGCAUCAGCUUCACCACCUUUGACUUCAUCCAGGACGUCUUCCGCUGGCUCGGGCUCACGUAGUCGCGUUUGGGUGAGGGGAGGUGUGGGGGGGGGCACGCACCCCCUUUCUCCGUUCUCUUUUACUCGGGGUUUCCCAUAGUCCAUUGGUCGCAUCCCACCCUGGGUACCGCCGAUGUGCGUUUGCCAGUCUUCUAAAAUUGUUCACAAUUGCACGUUGAGUCGGCUGCUUGCCGGAUGCGUCGGUCGGUCGCUAAAACCUGUUCCACGUUGACGCGGGGAGAGCCUUGGUUCGAAUCCAGAAAUGCGGUGUAAGUCACGUGGGGAAGAAGUCGGGAGACCAAUAUCUCGCUGUAGCCUUCAAAUAGGCUGUUGGGGCAAGUGCUGUUGGCGAGCACCUGUUGAGAUUUGGAAGGGCACUGCUCCCGGCCGUCUUUGUCUCCCCAGGGGCCAGGCACUCGCUUUGAGUGCUUGGGGACGCGUUUGGCGAUCGUCGGACGCGCGUGACACGCGGCGACUGAAUUUGCACUUGAACAGAGAAGGUGGGCGAGUCGUGGAAACGGCGUUCUGCGGUGGGUCACGAGGUCUGGAGUCGGGUAAACUUCGCUUUCAAGCGACCCCUGCUCCCUCACUCUGCCAGACGAGUGUGCGAGCGUGGGUCCCCCGAUUGUGCCUUUUGCCAGCGUGCAACGGCUGUUUUACUUAAUUGGGUUCUUUUGAUUAAAAGUAAAACAAAAACUAAAUAUGUUUUUUUCAAUGCAA